AUGCUCGUCAAGUCUGGACUUGUCCGUAACGCCUUCCGCCUUCCUCGAGCUGCCACCGCUCACGGUCGCACUGCUCAGCGCGCUUACUCGACGCCGGCGGAUGCGAAGGGCAUCAACUUUGCCCUCAGUGACGAGCAGGCUGCCAUCCACGAGCUGGCCCAGAACUUUUCUCGCGAGAAGAUUGUCCCUGUUGCCGCCGAGUACGACCGCACCAUGGAGUACCCUUGGCCCAUUCUCAAGGAGGCUCACGAACUUGGCCUCAUGAACACCCAUGUCCCGGAGUCCUGUGGUGGCCCUGGACUUGGCGUUCUCGAUGAAGUCCUCAUCCAGGAGUCCAUUGCUUUCGGCUGCUCUGGUAUCGGAACUGCUAUCGCUGCUAACGGUCUCGGACAGACCCCUGUGAUCAUCGCCGGAUCGGACGCUCUGAAGAAGAAGUACCUGGGCCGCAUGACUGAGGAAUGCAUGGUCGCCUCAUACGCCGUUACGGAGCCCGGUGCCGGUUCGGACGUUGCUGCCAUUAAGACCAAGGCUGAGAAGCAGGGUGACAAGUGGGUCAUCAACGGUACCAAGAUGUGGAUCACCAACUCUGGCCACGCCAACUGGUUCUUCGUUCUUGCCGUCACCGAUCCCUCCGCCCCCGUCAACAAGCGCAUGACUGGUUUCGUUGUGGAGGCCGACACCCCCGGCGUUGCCCCCGGAAAGAAGGAGAUCAACAUGGGCCAGCGCUGCUCCGAUACCCGCAUGGUCAACUUCCAAGAUGUUGUCGUUUCCGAGGAGAACAUCGUUGGUAAGCCCGGAGAGGGCUUCAAGAUCGCCAUGGGCGUCUUCGAUGUCAGCCGCCCCGUCGUCGCCGCUGGAGCUGUGGGUCUUGCCCAGCGUGCCCUCGAGGAGGCCACCAAGUACGCUCAGGAGCGUCAGACCAUGGGCAAGCCCAUCAUCAACCACCAGGGCGUCGGCUUCAUGUUGGCCGACAUGGCCCUCAAUGUCGAGGCCUCUCGUGGACUGACGUGGCGCGGCGCUUGGGUCCGUGACCAGGGAGAGCGCAACAGUGUGUAUCCCGAUGAAGAGCAAGAGCUGACCUGGGUAGCCUACGUCGCUUCGCUUGCCAAACUCAUGGCUAGCAAGGCCGCCGUUGAGAACGCGAGCCUCGGUAUCCAAGGCAUUGGCUUCAACACAGAGACCCCGAUGGAGAAGCUCUUCCGUGACUCCAAGAUUUUCGAGCUCUACGAGGGUACCUCGCAGAUUCAGCGCCUCAUCAUCUCCCGCCACCUCCCCACCAUGUACCCCGCUUGA